AUGGUUUUAGCCGAUUUGGGUCGAAAAAUCCGCAAUGCGAUUGGAAAACUCGGUCAAAGCACGGUCAUCAACGAGGAAGAGCUCGAUUUGAUGCUCAAGGAGGUGUGCACGGCCCUCAUCGAGUCAGAUGUGCACAUUCGUCUCGUCAAACAGCUUAAAGACAAUGUCAAGUGAGAAAUCGAACUCGGAAUUUGAAAAUUCGAAUUAUUUUCUGCACAGGAAGGCGAUAAACUUUGAGGAGAUCGUCGGAGGAGCCAACAAACGGCGUUACAUCCAGAAAACGGUCUUCAAUGAGCUCCUGAAGCUCGUCGAUCCAGGAGUGACCGCCUUCACACCGACAAAGGGAAAGAGAAACGUUUUCAUGUUUGUCGGAUUGCAGGGAUCCGGUAAAACCACCACUUGUACCAAGGUAAACGGAAAUAUCACAUGAAAAUGCCCAAAUUUGAUAGUUUAGAUGGCCUACUACUACCAAAGAAAGGGAUGGAAGACCUGUCUGAUCUGCGCGGAUACUUUCCGUGCCGGAGCUUUCGAUCAGCUGAAACAGAACGCCACCAAGGCCAGAAUCCCCUUCUACGGAUCGUAUUCCGAGAUUGAUCCCGUCAAAAUUGCCGCGGAAGGAGUAGAAAAGUUCACGGUAAGAAAGAAGGUAAUUAUGUUUAAAUGUUGGUUGUUUUCAGCAAGAAGGAUUCGAAAUAAUCAUAGUGGAUACGUCCGGACGUCACAAACAAGAGGCGUCUCUUUUCGAGGAAAUGCUGCAAGUUUCGAAUGCCGUGCAGCCGGACAACGUCGUCUUCGUGAUGGACGCCUCGAUCGGACAGGCCUGCGAGGCCCAAGCCCGCGCCUUUUCGCAGACCGUCGACGUCGCCAGCGUCAUCAUCACCAAGUUGGACUCGCACGCGAAAGGAGGAGGAGCUCUUUCUGCGUAGGCGGACAAUUCGAAUAUUUUUAAUUGAAAAUUACAUUUUUGCAGUGUCGCCGUCACCAAAUCGCCCGUAAUCUUCAUCGGAACAGGAGAACACAUUGAUGACUUUGAAAUCUUCAAACCGAAAUCGUUCGUUCAAAAACUGCUCGGAAUGGGAGACAUCGCCGGACUCGUGGACAUGGUCAAUGAUAUUGGAAUCCAGGAGAACAAGGAACUCGUCGGAAGACUCAAACAAGGUUUUUUGAACAUUUUUCAAUAAAACCAUAUCGAUUUCAGGUCAAUUUACGAUCAGAGACAUGUACGAGCAAUUCCAGAAUAUAAUGAAAAUGGGCCCAUUCAGUCAGAUUAUGGUGAGCAAGAAAUCAACAAAAUUUACAUAGAAUUUAGACAACUUCAGAGUAUGAUUCCCGGAUUCGGGCCAGAGUUCAUGAACAAGGGAAAUGAGCAGGAAUCUGUGAAUCGGCUCAAACGGAUGAUGACUCUGAUGGAUUCGAUGAGCGACAAGGAGCUGGAUCAUCCGAAAGCGUCGGAACUGUUCACGAAAGAGCCGAACAGAAUCGCCCGGGUGGCCAGAGGAUCCGGGUGUUUCCAGAUCGAAGUGAAAGAGUUGCUGGCGCAGUACAAGAAGUUCUCGGACGUCGUCAAGAAGAUCGGCUCGAUCAAGGGACUCUUCAACGGAAAGAACGGCGACAUCAACCCGAAGAACGUGAAUCCGGCCCAAAUGGCGAAGCUGAACCAGCAGAUGGCCAAGAUGAUGGACCCGCGGGUACUGGCCCAGAUGGGUGGCAUGGGCGGCCUCCAGAACAUGAUGCAGCAGAUGGCGCGGGCCGGAAAAAUGUGA